AUUACACCUCGAUUCAGCAGAAGAAGAACGUUCACAUUCUGACAAUAUACCUAGUUUUGCCUCGAAGGCUGUGCCCGAAAAAGAAUUGAAAGAAUUACAUUUUUGGAAAAUAGUUGAUGCUAAGUUUAUUACACUGAAUCACUGCACAAGUCCAGGUGUUUGCCAUGUCAGCUUGAAUCGAUCAGGAAGGAAUCUCUAAUUGAAACUUUUUCACCGAAACCAAUCUCAGGAUGUUUUUAAAUCAAUUGAAAUGUUUGAUCUUCCUGGUGCUGGCUGUUUUAGGUACCAGCUCAGCCGUGGAUGGUUCCCGGGUGCUGGAACUGAGCGAUCGCUUUCUGGACGUCCGAAACGAGGGCCAGUGGUUUGUGAUGUUCUAUGCUCCGUGGUGUGCCCAUUGUAAGAAGCUGGAACCGGUGUGGGCUCACGUCGCCCAGGCCCUGUUCAACACGAAUAUCCGAGUCGGGAGGGUUGAUUGCACUCGGUUCACUGCCGUGGCCCAGGCCUUUAAGGUCAAUGCCUAUCCGACAAUUUUGUUCAUCAAAGGUCCCUACGACUACGCCUACAACGGGGAUCGAACCAAGGACGAGCUAAUUCACUUUGUGAACAGACUGUCGGGACCACCAGUUCAGCAGGUCACCCGAGCGGACAGUAUCGACAUCCUAAAGUCAAACAAUCCCAUAUUCUUCACCUACGUCGGCAAACAGGACGGGAUCCUGUGGGACGUCUUCUACAGUGCGGCGGAAGUCUACCAACCGCAUAGUUAUUUCUACGCAACCUCAGUGGAGAUAGCCAAGAGGCACUUCGACAUUGAUACCGUUCCGGCAGCCUUGGUCUACAAAGAACGGAGCCACUACUACUUCCCAUACUCGGACAGCUUUGAGUUAAUUGAGCCUGUUCAUCUAAACGAAUCCUUGUUCCGAUGGGUCAACGAGGAACGGUUCCCGACGUUCCCGAAGGUUACCCGGAGUAACAUCCACCACAUUCUGCAGACGAAGAAGUACCUCGUCCUGGCGGUAGUCGAGGAGAACAAGCUGAGCGAGAUUGCCGCCCACGAGCAGGAGUUCCGCGAUAUGGUGGAGAUAUUCGUGCACAAGAACAAACACAAGUAUCAUGGUCGGUUCCAGUUCGGUUGGGUAGGCACACCGGAUCUGGCACAUUCCAUUGCCAUGGACAAGCUGGCAACGCCGCAUCUGAUAGUGCUGAACGCUAGCACCAACGAGCAUCAUAUACCGGAGGACGAUCCCCUGCAGUUGACGCCGGAGGCGAUCGAGCUAUUCUUGGACAGCAUUCAUAAUCAAACGGCUCCGGUCUUCGGUGGAAACUCCCUCCCGGUGCGCAUCUACCGGGCCUGGUUUGAAGCAAAACACUCCCUAUACGAGAUGUGGCUGGGCAAUCCGGUGCUGACCUCGGUCCUGUUCGGCCUUCCCCUGGGCUUCCUUUCUUUGAUUCUGUACUCGAUCUGCUGUGCGGAUAUCCUGGACGCCGACGAGGAAGAGGAGGAACCCAAACACGAAAAGAAGGAAUAAAUCCAUUGCCCGGCAGCGUGUUUUUCUAGAGGAUUAGUAUUAGCUGCAGUCCUACCCUUCCGGGGUAGGGGCCUUUCCUAGCAUGAGGGAAAAUUGUCCUUUUCUAGUCAUUUUGAUCUGUAACGCAGCGUUACUGCUGACGCAAGCUCCUUUUACUUCCACCACGACAACGAAGUGGGUGUUGUAUGUACUGUAGAAUCUUAAUACUGUGGUUUGUAGGAACCGUGUCAUGUAAAAGUAUAGGUCAGUGCAUUCCCUGAGAACGGUUUGAAUUUAAAUUAGAGUUUAGGAUAGCCAACGAAGGAAAGUGCGUGUUUGUGUCUCACUAUGUGGUAGAGUAUAAGAAUAACGGAACAUACCAUAACUUAUAUAAAGAAACAGUUUCCAUUUUA